AUGUCGAGAAAUAGAUCAAGAAGUUUCAUUACUACAGAAAAACCAACCUCUUAUAAUGAUACUUUAGACCAAUCUGCUUUACCAAACUUAAAUUCUAAUUGGGUAUACGAUAAGGGUGCUUGGUUAGUUCAUAUCGUUCUGAUUUUAUGUAUCAAGAUUUUGUUUGGUAGUAUUCCGGGUGUUCCUUCUGAAGCCAGUUGGACAUUUACCAACCUAACAUAUAUGCUGGGCAGUUUUUUAUUGUUUCAUUGGGUAAAAGGGGUCCCGUUCGAUUUUAAUUCAGGAGCUUAUGAUGGAUUAACAUUAUGGGAACAAAUUGAUAAUGGAGCUCAAUUUACUCCCGCCAAAAAGUAUCUUACAGCUGUGCCAAUUGGACUGUUUCUACUUAGCACUCAUUAUACUCAUUAUGAUGGAAUUACAUUCUUGGUGAAUUUCAUUUUGUUAAUUGUGGUGGUGAUAGCGAAAUUACCUCAAUUACAUAAAGUUCGUUUAUUUGGAAUCAACAGACUUGAGGCCGAAUGA